AUGAGAAACGACGCCGUUGAGCUUAUUAAGCAAAUGGAGUUCUCUUCCUCAAAGCGUCCGGUUACGGCGACGGCGACAUCGCCGGGAUCUGUACAUUUCCGGCUACUAUGUCCAGCUACAAGGACCGGUGCAAUAAUCGGAAAAGGCGGCUCUGUAAUUCGCUAUCUCCAAUCUGUUACCGGUUCCAAAAUCCGAGUCAUCGACGAUAUUCCCGUUCCUUCAGAAGAGCGUGUUGUGUUGAUAAUCGCACCAAACGUAAACAAAAACCACUCAAAGAAGGACGAGUCAAAUGGGUUUGAUUCAGAAAACCCUAACUCGGAGGAGACGAAGCAGACAGAGGAAGCUGCGCCGUCUUCAGGACAAAUGGCUUUGGUUAGGGUUUUGGAAAGAAUCAUGUUUGGUGAUGAUGCUGCUUCUGCAGACGGUGAAGAAUUAGACAAAGGUGAUAGUGAAGGUUUGUGUAGGAUGAUCGUUAGAGGUAAUCAAGUUGAUUUCUUGAUGAGUAAAGGAGGGAAUUUGAUACAGAAGAUUAGAGAAGAUAGUGGAGCUUGUGUUAGGAUUUCACCUACUGAUCAGAUUCCUCCUUGUGCUUUCCCUGGAGAUGUUGUGAUUCAGAUUACUGGAAAGUUCUCGAGUGUGAAGAAGGCGCUUUUGUUGAUCUCGAAUUGUCUUCAAGAGAGUGGUGCACCUCCAACUUGGGAGGAAUGUCCGUUUCCGCAGCCUGGUUAUCCGCCUGAUUAUCAUUCGAUGGAGUAUCAUCAAUGGGAUCAUCCUCCUCCUGUUCCAAUGCCUGAAGACGUUGGACCUUUUAAUAGACCGGUUGUUGAAGAGGAGGUUGCGUUCAGGCUGUUAUGCCCGGCCGAUAAAGUUGGAAGUUUGAUAGGGAAAGGUGGAGCUGUGGUUCGGGGUUUGCAAAACGAAACUGGUGCAUCAAUUAAGGUUUCGGAUCCGACUCAUGAUUCAGAGGAGCGAAUUGUUGUGAUAUCAGCACGAGAGAAUUUGGAGAGAAGGCACUCUCUUGCUCAAGAUGCUGUGAUGCGUGUGCAUAAUAGAAUUGUUGAGAUUGGAUUUGAACCUAGUGCUGCAGUUGUUGCCCGGCUCCUUGUACAUUCUCCAUAUAUCGGACGUUUAUUGGGUAAAGGGGGUCAUCUAAUCAGUGAAAUGAGGAGAGCAACCGGUGCGAGCAUACGUGUCUUUGCUAAAGAUCAAGCUACAAAGUAUGAAGCUCAACAUGAUGAGAUUGUGCAGGUCAUUGGCAAUGUGAAGACUGUUCAAGAUGCUUUGUUUCAAAUAACAAGUAGGCUUCGAGAAGCAAUGUUUCCUGGAAGAUUUCCCUUUCAAGGAAUGGGUGGUCCACCUCCGCCGUUCAUGGGUCCCUAUCCAGAACCGCCUCCUCCAUUUGGACCGAGACAAUAUCCAGGUUCUCCAGAUCGUUACCACUCUCCAGUUGGAUCAUUCCAUGAGAGACACUGUCACGCUCCUGGAUUUGACAGGCCACCUUCUCCAAUGUCUUGGACCCCACAGCCACCUAUCGAUGGCCAUCCCGGUGGUAUGGUUCCUGAUGUGAACCACGGGUUUGCUUUGAGAAAUGAGCCCAUUGGCAGCGAGAAUCCAGUAAUGACAAGCGCAAAUGUUGAGAUUGUGGUUCCUCAAGCAUACUUAGGCCAUGUUUAUGGUGAGAAUUGCAGUAACCUGAAUUACAUCAAGCAGAUAUCAGGAGCGAACGUGGUUGUGCAUGAUCCGAAGGUAGGGACUACAGAGGGACUAGUGGUUGUCUCAGGAACAUCGGAUCAAGCUCACUUUGCACAGAGCCUUCUUCAUGCUUUCAUUCUCUGUGGCCAAUCUUGA